CUUGGACAUGAACUCCACGUUACGACUGCUGGACGAAUUUUCAUAGCGAUUUAUUGCCCAAACUUAGCGCUAAGAGCCGGGCAUCAUGGGUCUUCUGCACUAUAUCAGUUAUGCGGCUGUUUUGGCCUCAUUUGCUUUUGUUAUAUUAGCACUUGCCAGCGGCUUGCUAUACAUAUCCGAAUUAAUCGAGGAACAUUCUCGUCUAGCCAAAACUAUCGGUCAGCGGGGAAUAUACGCCAUAAUAUGUCUGCAUGUCGUACUAUGCGUUUCGGACUCGCUCCCCAUCAUGCUGACAGCAUUCUCCAUCAUUUGCCACGUUGUAUAUCUGCAAAACUUCUCAAAAACCUGGCCGCUUAUCUCCCUCUCAUCGCCAUCAUUCAUUUCGUCUUGCAUUCUUGUGGUUGCAGACCACUUCCUUUGGUUCUUUCACUUCUCCAAAGUCACUGUUGCAUAUCGGGAUCAUCUUAGAACGUAUCGGGGUGGCCCCACGCCAAUUUAUUAUGGUUUCAAGGAUAUUGCCACCUUCUUUGGAAUAUGCGUCUGGCUAGUGCCCUUGUUCCUAUUUUUAAGUCUCAGCGCAAAUGAUAACGCACUACCUACAUCAAGCGGCAUUGGUUCUCCCACGACCAGUCACGCAGUUCCACAGCAACGAAUGUCUCUAUUCCGUUCCAUAUUUGCCAUACUAUCAAAACCCCGAAAGGAUGAAGGAAUUAUUGCGCCUCGUCCUCGCUCACCUUAUCCAGUUCAGUCUCCUACGUUCCCGCCACCUUCACCACGUUUCUCUGCAUACAGCACUCUGUCACCACCACGAUCUCCAGGACGACCUUCACUCGAUGUAGAUGGUAGCAUCCCCUCGCCGCGUUUCAGAUUGGGCACGCCGCCACAGAGACGUGCUACCACUGGAGAACACGUAGGGUUGGGGAUCAGAAAAACCUCUAGUUCAUCGAUCGGGAAUGCAAAUGGCUUGCACCAGGAGUGAAGGUGUCCUCUGUAUAUCCAUUAUUCAGUCGAAAAUGUUUCUUCUCAAUUUCGCAUCAUCACGCCCGCUCUUCACUCUGUGUAAGUGACGCUAGUCAUGUGUUUUCGUUGCAAUGUUGGUCAGGUAACUAAUUACACCCAAUGAAUUGAAUCGACGUGGACUAGCUACUACGUCGCGUGUGAAGACAACGGAUAUCUGCUUGAGCGAGAUUAGUAAAAGUAGCACUCAUACGAUGAAGAGAACCUUUACUGCCAAGCCAAGCAUAAGCCUGCUUGAUUGAUACUCGUAAAGCUCGUACUUGUGUAUGCGGUCUCCCAUAGGCUUACUGG